AUGAAAACUGAAGAGGAAUGUAGGAAAAGGGAGGAAAUUCAAUUUUUGAUUAUUAAGACAUCUUUUUUUCAUGCAAAAGUUGAAGAGCAACGUAGGAAAAGGGAGGAAAUUCAAUCUCUAAAAUAUGUGGAUGCGGAUGAUAAUAAUAAAUGGGAGAAAAUGAAGAAGAUUGAAGUUGUUAAAGAACCCAAUGAUGUUAAUAUAUGUUAUAUUCUGGGUGGAUCUACCUCCCUAAAGUAUAUGGAUGCAGAUGGUAAUAAUAAAAGGGAGAGAAUGAAGAAGAUUGAAGUUGUUAAGGAAUCUGAUGAGGAGAACGUACGUUGUUAUAGUCAUUGUGGAUCAUGUAGAAAUUGUUUAUCGUCUGCUGGAGGAUUACUAGCAGGGCCAAGUGGUAUUACUGAUGUAAGACCUCUAGUCAAUGGCCGGUCACUGGAGGAAAGAUCAAUCUUGUCAGGAAAAAAUUAUGAAGAAACUACAGAGAUUUUCAAGAAUCUCAUUCUCAGAUUGCCUUUUAUUUCCACAAGAGGUGGCAUACCAAAUAAAAAGAUGAUUGAAGGAUUCUUAUAUGGAUAUAAGACGGAACAACAGUUGAAGAUAUUUUGUAUUUGUCAUGGUUCUUUUCUAACCCCAACUGAAUUUGUCAUGUAUGCUGGUGGAUUUGACAUAGAAAACCCUUUAAAGCAUUUGGAUUUACAUUCUGUACCAUUGUAG